UUCUACAGCUCAUUUCCCGGAAGUCCGGGAUGAUCGGGAAACGUUUAUUUUUUAUCUACAGUCUGCCUCUACUCUGGGAAUCUGUCAUCAACAGCAAGUCACUGGGCAGAUUCUUGCCUGAAAGAGCGACCAUGGCUGAAGGCAAUGGUUGUGUGGAGGAAACGCCGAUGAUGGCAGGACCCCCAACACAGCCCAACAACUGGGGGUUCCCUGGACCACCUCCACCCAUCUACUCCUGCACGCUCAGUCCUUCCCUGGAAGCCAAGGCCCGCGAAGAGCUCCAAGAGAAGCCGGAGUGGCGUUUACGCGAUGUCCAGGCUCUGCGAGAUAUGGUGCUGAAGGAGCAUCCUCACUUACGCACGCGACUGGACGACGCCUUCCUGCUACGGUUCUUGCGGGCUAGGAAGUUUGAUUAUGACCGUGCCCUUCAGUUGCUGCUGAACUAUCACGCCAGCCGACGUGCCUGGCCCGAGGUCUUUCAAGACCUUCGACCCUUGACAGUCAAGCACGUGCUGGAGCGAGGUGUCCUCACGGUACUACCACAACCAGACAGCCAUGGACGAUAUAUUCUCUGUCUCCGGCCAGGGAAGUGGAAGCAGAAUGACUACCCGUUUGUGGACAACAUCCGGGCGAUCUACCUGACGCUGGAGAAGCUGAUUGAGGCGGAGCAGACGCAGGUGAACGGCCUGGUCAUCCUGGUGGACUACAGCGGAGUGGGGCUGUCCCAGGCCUCCAACCCUGGACCUUUCCUGGCCAAGAAGGUCGUGGGCAUCCUACAGGAUGGAUUCCCCAUCAGAAUAAAGGCGGUGAACAUCAUUAAUGAACCGCGCAUCUUCAAGGGCAUCUUUGCCAUCAUCAAGCCCUUCCUGAAAGAGAAGAUGGCUGAGAGGUAUGUUCUCCAUGGCUCGGACAUGUCCUCUCUGCACCGGACCAUCCCGCGCUCGGUGCUGCCGGAGCAGUACGGCGGGGAGGCCGGCCCGCUGGACAUGGGAGCCUGGACCCAGACGCUGCUGGACGCCGAGGAGAACUUCCUGGUGGAGUUCUGCCAACCGGAGCCCGUGGAGGAGGGCAUGCUACCGGACUCGCUGCUCUUCGACGGGGAGCACGGAGGAGGAGGAGCGCAGGGGGAGGACACCUUCAGGAGCCUGCGCUCCCAGCUCUACUACUGCUACUGACCACCCGUUACACUCAGCAGUACUCCCACAGACGGCUGAGCUCCCAGUAUAUCAGGGUUACUGACAGCUGAGCUUCCACUUCUUCUUCUGCUAUUGACUGUCCGUUACACUCUCAGCUGUAUUGCUCUAGACGGCUGAGCUCCUGGUAUUACUGUUACUGACUGCUUAGCUCCAACACUUGCUAUUGACCACCACACCACUCUCGGCUGUGCUAUAAUGCUGCUGCCCGCUGAGCUCCCAGCUCCACUACUGCUUAUUGACCACCACACCACUCUCAGCUGUACUGCAGCCCCUGACCACUGAGCUCGUAGCUCGUAUGCUAUGGUGUCUGACUGCUGCACUCUCCGUUAAACUGUUGCUAUUGACAACUUGAGUUCUCGGCUAUAUUGUUGUGACUGACUGCUGAACUCCAACUUGUAGUAUUGCAAAUGCUGAGCUCCCAGCUAUACGGUUGCUUUUGCCAACUGAGUGCCCAGCUAUACUGUUGCUACGGACUGCUCAGUUCUGUUCUAGUAGAUCUGCUACUGCGACUGACUGCUGUGAUCCCAGCUGUACUAUUGUUACUGAUUGCUAUGACCGCCCCUUUACUGUUUCCCCUGACUGACGGUAGGGAUACAUAGGAGGCGAAGCAAGCGAAGCGAAGAGAGGCUAAAUCCAACCGUCAUCAGGUCGUCGCGGCGAAUCAAAUGGAAUGGAAGUUAUGUUGUUGAUUUGAUUGGGCCGCGGCAGGCGAAUUCGCUCCUCUCUCAUAGGAAUGAAUGGCAAAGUUCGCAAAUUUGCGUGUACGUGUCCCUACCGUUAGCUGCAAUCCCAGCUCUAGUAGCGCUAUUUACUUCUGCACUCCUAGUUAAGUGUACUACGUACUACCACUGAGUGCUGUGCUCCGCAAGCUGUGCACCUGCUGACGGUUCUGCUCCCAGAUCCACUAUGACUACUAAUAACUGGUUACUGUGCUCUCAGUUCAGUGUGCUAUGGCUACCGUCCGCCACAAUUCCACUUUUGCCACUGACCUUGACUACAGGUACUGGCCCUCCCCAUUUCAACUAUUAAGGACUUUGUUUUGCUUUGGCAUUGCUCCCCAAUGACUGACAGUACAUGACGUUACACUGCACAUAACACUAGCUAACGACACUAAUGACCCAGAGUAGUGAAAGGUAGUUAGUUAAAGUUAGUUAGUUAAAGUUAAAAAAAAAUGGGUAAGAAAUAUAUAAUGUUAAAAGCCUCCAUCAUCAAAUAACCAGUUCAGCACUAUUUCGUUACUGAAAUAAGUGUGUAACAAACCUGUAGGUAUUGACAGUGUAAGUCUACUUACACAUACUGUAAAUUUCUUUAAAUAACAAAAUACACAGUUUACACUAACUUGGGUCACACAUUAACAACAUUCAUUCAACCCCUUUGUUUGACUGACCUUUGCAUGGUGAUUAGUUGUCAUUGGUGAACUCUGCUGACAGCAACCACUGACGGCUAUUCAGUCUUGAAAAAAAGUUGCAUCACAAGUGAAUUCUUCUUACAGCUUGGCUGAUACAUUGCUGCCAACUCCACCACUGGUCACUGCUGUAAGGCUCACUCACUGACCCACCCCCACUUGCACUAACGAUGCUCAUGGUGUCCGCCAACCUGCAGCUGGGUUGAGGAGAGCAGCGUACAUUUCUGUAGGUUGGAUUAUUUUUUUCAAGGGGGUGCUUUGUGGCCUGUGUUUUAGAUUUUUGAUUUCUUUUGGAACUGUGUUGCCUAAGAUGGUUUUGCCAAAGUCUGAAGUCAUUUCUAAAGAUGUAUGUAUGCUAUGAGUAGUGUAAGCUAGAGGGAUAGUCUUGUAUAGUAUUUUUGAUGUUACGUUGCUUAGCCACUGAGAGAUGUUUUACACCCAAAGAUGGUCUGCCUUAAUCAGACAUGGGGCUUAUCUACUCAACAAACAUCACAUCGCAGGAAGACAUUCACCACCUCUCUCUCUCUCUCUCUCUCUCUCUCUCUCUCUCUCUCUCUCUCUCUCUCUCUCUCUCUCUCUCUCUCUCUCUCUCUCUCUCUCUCUCUCUCUCUCGUCUUCAUGCGGGCUGAUGUGAAUUAAGCAAUACUUCCGUUUUCAUCAAUGUGCUAUCUUUUCCUGCCUUCUUUUGCUGCACCCAGUUAAUCUUAAAUGUAUGAAAUAACCAAACUGUAUAUGGACUACUCUUAGACGUGUAGAGUUAUGUAUUAUAGAUGUAUAGAUGUAUUUAUGGGACCUACCCUUAACAGGACUGUUGUUUUUUCGCCUUCCGAUUUGCCUUUGUUCUCAGUCACCGCACACCCUGUAUGUUAACUUGUCAUUAUGUGUACACACAAAUGCACCCAUGUCAGUCAGAGCACUAUCACAGGAUAACCGCUCGGUGUGUGAGAUUAGACAUCAUUGGGGAAUGGCUGGCAGUUAAACAUCUGUUAACAUCACAUGCUUCACCCAUACAAUGUGGUCAUUCAAAAAACGGUGACUGUAUCUCCCGUCCUCCUUGCCAAAAAAAAAGAGAGAAAAUGACAAAAGGGACAUUUUAUUAUUAUUUUGUGUUUUUACAGAUCCACCUUUAUACACAAUGACAUUUUUAUUUUUUCAUUUUCAUAAUAUUUGUCAUAUUGAGUAUGGUUACUGAAAGAGAUUGAUUUGAUAUUUAUUAGGCUGUGGCUAAAAAAAAAAAAAGAUCUGUUCUCUUUGAAAUGUCACCAGAUGUCAGAUAAGCAGUUGCCUUCUAAGAAAACGACAACGGAGACGUGCAGGAUGUAAAUAAAUAAAGCCAUUCACGUGUUUUGAAA